CACUCCUCAACUUUCCCAUUCCCACCAUCUUUAACCAUCAACUUACUUUCUCUCUCUUCAUCAAACUUCUCUUUUUCUCUUUCUCUCUCUUCAUCAACUUUUGCUUCUUUUCUAUCUUAAAUGCAAUAGCGGCUAAUUUCUUUUGUCAACUCUCCCUGACAAAAAACCUGCUUCUUCUAUUUACUGAUUUCCCCUCACUAGUGUUUUUUUCUUUUUUACUUACUACAAAAGUUUAUACACUAGUCUAUCUACGUCAACGAAUUAACGCAAGUAGUUGGUGACAGAACCACCCCAUUUUUACAUUUUACUAUCCGAUUCUACUAGACUCUAACUAAUCCGAAUUCGAAUUCGACCCUAGUCACAUUCGUCUAGUUAAGUUAGAACGACUCCUUUACUCGAACAAAUUUCGAAAAAGAAAAAGGAUGUUGGAGGCAAUCAAAUACUUGAUCGGCGCAGCCGGAGCAAGCGGCUACGGCUCAAAAUCAACAGCCGAAGAUGUCACUGAGAACUGCCGUGAUCUAAGCAAUAUCACCGCCAUCAUUACUGGUGCGACGUCGGGGAUAGGAGCAGAAACGGCUCGAGUACUGGCUAAGCGCGGCGCACGGCUCAUACUCCCGGCUCGAACCUAUAAAGCCGCUGAAGAUACCAAGGCUCGAGUUUUAGCCGACUGUCCUGAAGCUCAGGUGUUCGUCAUGUCACUUGAUCUUAGCUCUUUAUCCUCCGUCAGAAACUUUGUUCGCGAGUUCGAAUCUCUUCAUUUACCUCUUAAUCUCCUCAUAAAUAAUGCGGGGAAAUUUUCGCAUGGACAUGGAAUCUCAGAGGACGGUAUAGAGAUGACCUUCGCGACUAAUUAUUUAGGUCAUUUUCUGUUAACGAAAUUGUUAGUGAAAAAAAUGGUGGAAACGGCGGAAGAAACAGGAAUCCAAGGGAGAAUUGUGAACGUGUCAUCCAGUAUUCACAGCUGGUUUACCGGCGAUAUGAUUCCUUACCUCGAGCUCAUCACUAAAAACAAAAGUCAAUAUGAUGCUACACGUGCAUACGCUUUAUCUAAGCUGGCCAACGUACUUCAUACCAAAGAGCUUGCUCACAAACUCAAACAAAUGAAGGCAAAUGUUACAGUAAACUGUGUUCAUCCUGGAAUUGUGAGAACUAGACUUACUAGAGAUCGUGAAGGUCUUGUCACAGAUUUGGUGUUCUUUUUGGCCUCAAAGCUCUUGAAAACUAUUCCUCAGGCAGCUGCAACCACAUGUUACGUUGCAACACAUUCGAGACUUGAAAAUGUUUCAGGAAAAUAUUUCUCCGAUUGUAACGAAGCGUCCCCGUCAAAAUCUGGGUCCAACUCUUUUGAGGCCGAAAGACUCUGGAUUGCUUCUGAAAUUCUAUCAUCUGAGACUCCUAAAUCAACUUUUGUUCUAUAGAUAUAACUAUUAUUAAUAUUAUUAUUAUUAGUUAAUUAAUUAAAAACCCAUGUAAAUUAUAUACUACUAGAUUAGAAAAUGUUUGAUUAGUUUAAGAUAUAUAUAUUAUAUAUAUAAUACUAUACGUGUGUUAGUGUACUUUUGUCGUUUAAAAAUAUAUAUUUACCAGGAGUAGUUGUAGUUAGAAGUGGAGUUGUAAGCAAAUAGUUCUAUAUGUUAAUUAAUUAAUUAAUGGAGAGAUAGUUGAUGAUUAUAAAAAGUAGUACCUUGUAAUUACAAAGCAUCCUUCCUUCGAUCCAGCUUCAUAUACUUCUAUAAAGCAGUUGUAGCACAGAAAAUUGUUAUUGUACGUUAAAGUUCUUUUGAGAACUAUAUUAUUAAUACUAUAUUAGUAUGAUAUAGAAAUCAUA